AUGGACGCUGCCUCUGAUCAGCGUACAGCACAAGCCCACAGGAGUCCUACUCUCGACCCGGAGUAUUGGGACUCGGCGCCCCCUCUGAAACGUAAAAAACUUCGAAAGGGAACUCGGAGCUGCUGGGAAUGCAAGCGACGGAAGAUGAAAUGCGUGUUUGACGGUCCCGAUAACGCAGUCUGCGUUGGCUGUCAUACACGUUGGACCAAAUGCGUGAGCCAGGAGUUCCCGGAGAAAGUGCCCACCAUUUCCACCAUUUUAGAUGAUAAUCGCCAGCUACGGAGUCGCCUGCGACGUGUGGAGUCGCAGCUGGCUGGUCUUCCAACCCCACCAUCGGUCUGCAAGCAUCCCUCAAGCAACGCGUCUCCUCCAUCUCAUGGGCCCAUCAAUACCCCGACCGAAGACCGACACCCUCAGGAUGAUCUCAUUCUUGACCGAAAUUCAUCGUCUGCCCAUGCCAUCGGUGAUCCAGGCGCGUCCGGGGCCGAUGCAUUGUCUCGAACUCUUUGGGGUUUCUUGCCCUCGCGACAAGAUACCGCCAUAAUCUACAAGGCUAGUGGCGGCCACCAUUCUAUUCCAUUCCAUGAAGUCCUAACUACCCCGUACGGAAUUCUCAAUCAAGAUGGUGGCCUUCGGUCGCAAGAGCGGCUGCGCGAGGUCCCAGGUCCAAACUCGCACCCGAUAGCGCGUCACAUGCUGCAUCUAGCGAGCUUCCUCCAGCACUUACACCCCGAUCCCGAUCUCAAUGAAGAGCUCCGGGGCAUCUCGGAGGCCCCACAGGCGAUACGCGAACGUCUAGCUGAUAAAGCUAUCAGUCUGGUGACCACCAAUGUCAGGUUCGUGGGCAGCUUUGAGUUUCUGGAAUGUAUUAUGAUCGAGAGCUUGUAUCAAGCGAAUUGCGGGUAUUUACGACGAAGCUGGAUGACUGCGCGACGAGCCAUGACUAUCGCGCAGUCGAUGGGCUUUCAUCGGUCGGGGGCUCGGACUCAGUAUACGGUUCUCCAUCCGCAGACCAAGGCAUACCCGGACAUCAUGUGGUUUCGCAUUGUCUUCUACGAUCGACAGAUGUGCCUUAUUCUCGGUAUGCCACAAGGAACCUCCGAUCAGAGUAUGGCCUCCGAUGCGAUGCUCGCCAAGGAUUCGGCCAGCGGUCGUCUUGAGCGAAUCCAUUGUGUCAUCGCAUCGCAAAUUUUGGACCGCAACGAAUCUGACUCGGUCAGCUACGAUUACUCCUGGACGCAGAAUCUCGAUAAGCAACUGCAGCGAGCGGCUCGGAACUUGCCAAGCCGCUGGUGGCUGGUCCCAAACCUCAGCGGCGAGAAGCAAUACUCACAGGCUUUAUUCUGGGAAAUGCGACGACUCUCAGAACAAUUAUUUCAUUAUAACCUCCUCAACCAGCUCCACCUUCCCUACUUAUUUCGCGACUCGCUUGAGCGCAAGUUCGAUUAUUCUCGAAUCACUUGUGUCAACGCCUCGCGAGAGAUCUUAUCCCGCUUCAUCAUGCUGCGCCGCUGA